AUGUCGUCUUCCAUCCUCUCGUCCACUGGGAACGCGCCAGCGCAGCGAGUCCCGGCCUGGAAGCGAUUGGGUCUCAAGCUCAAACCUGCAUCCGACGAGCAACAAGGCCUGCCUACUUCUACAAAUACCAACGGUGCUGAUGCUGCUACCGCCGCCGCUGUCUCACCUUCGGUGCCCAACACCAACUUCAAUGCGAAGAGGAAAUCCUUCGGCUCGCCCGCAGUAGAGCAACAACCGAACAAGAGGGCCAAGCAGGACAACAACUCGUGGGACCGCACCCCCCAAGCGCUGAAGAAGAACGUCUCGUUUACGGCCGAAGCCACCGAGUCCCAGGCGAAGUCUCCCGCCCCAAAGACGCCCGUACCAAACAAGAAGAAGCAGCAGCCCGCGAGCAAGAAGUCCGCCUCGACCACGACCCCCGCACCGCCGAAACCAGUCCGGAAAGCUCCCGUCAACCUGGAGCCGGCGCUCGCGUACCUGCGGCAGUGGCACGCGGCGCGCGACGGCUGGAAGUUCAACAAGAACCACCAGACGCGGCUGCUGGAGCAGGUGUUCGCGACGGACGAGACGACGAUCCCAGCCGUCGACAUCGGCGUCUUCUACGCUUACAUCCGGGGCCUGCAGGGGGGCGUGCGGACGCGGCUGCGGCAGGUCGCCAGCGGGAUCAAGGCGCAGGACAUGGAGCAGGGCAGCGCGGGCUUCGAGGCCGUGAAGAACUCUAACAACAACCAAAAGGAGAUGGCCGAGCGCAAGCAGAAGGAGUAUGAGGACGUCGUGCAGUCGUUCCUAAGCCAAACCCGGACGCCCGAGAAGCGCCGCUUCGACGAGGUCGACUACGUCCUGCGCACUACCGACAUGGAGAUGCAGCGGCGCGUGGUCAAGCGCAUGCGCACGGAGAUGGUGCUGGAUGAGCUGUCUGAUAGCGACGACACUGAGACGACAUCAACUACUACGACAACGACAACAUCUACAGAAAAGGGGGCUAACGGUAGUGGGCAACCUGAGAAUACUUCCUCUCAAAACGCGGCGGGUGUAGCCGAAGGGGACAAACGGCUCAAGCUUAACGACGGCUCACAACAAAGAGUCAAGCGAAAGAAGAAGACAAGGACUGCGGUUGUCGAGGAUGAGACCAGCUCCGAGUCGGAAUCAGAAAGUGAUUCAGACACGAGCUCGAGCGACAGCAGCAGCUCAUCCGAAGACGAGGAGGAUGAGGAGGAUGAGGAGAAGGACGGUGGAGCUAAGACGGCAGCGGGCUCCGGCACGGCGAAUGAGGCGGAUACAUCGUCCAGUAGCUCUUCAUCUUCGGAGUCGUCUGACUCCGAAGAAGACGAAUGA